AUGACCUAUUCUGACAGCGACCCUGGCGAGAACCAGACCAUCUCCAGUGGGCUCAUCCUGGUGGGAUUUUCCUACCUCGGUGAACAGCAAAUCCUUCUGUUUCUGGUGCUUCUGGUCAUCUACCUGGCCACUCUAUUGGGGAACCUGCUCGUUAUCCUCCUGGUAAAGCUCCACCGCUCCCUCCACACCCCCAUGUAUUUCUUCUUGGUGAAUCUGUCCUUUCUGGAAAUCUGCUUCACCUCUGGUUCGGUCCCUCAGCUGCUGGUUCACCUCCUGGUGGAGGAAAAGACCAUCUCCAUUGCGGGCUGUGCAGCCCAGAUGUACGUCAAUACCAUCAUGGGCCUCACCGAAUGCUGCCUCCUCGCGGCCAUGGCGUACGACCGCUAUGCGGCCAUUUGCCACCCUUUGCACUAUACCACCAUCAUGAGUGGCCGGGUGUGCGCACAGCUCGCGGGGGCUUCAUGGUUCAUCGGUGUCUCGCUGGAGGUAGCUCAGACCACAUGGAUUUUCAGCCUGCCCUUGUGUGGCUCCCACCGCAUCCACCACUUCUUCUGCGACAUCCCACCGGUGAUGAAGAUGAUCUGCGCCGACACAUCAAACAUUAGUAUUCUAGGGUUCUUUAUUAUAGCAUUUUUUAUGAUGGGCCCUUUCUUGAUGAUAAUCCUGUCCUAUGUCUAUAUUAUCUCCACCAUCCUGAAGCUGCCGUCAGCAGAGGGCAGGCGUAAAGCCUUCUCCACCUGCUCCUCCCACCUCAUGGUGGUGAAUUUGUUUUAUGGAACGAGCCUUAUCACUUACCUGUGGCCAAAUUCUAGCCCCACCCUGGAGAAUGAUCAAAUAGUUUCCCUGUUGAACACAAUAGUGUCACCUCUGUUGAACCCCAUGAUAUACACACUGAGGAACAAAGAGGUGAAGGGAGUCUUGAGCAAAACACUAGAGAAGAGAAGGAGCAGGUUAAGAACUAUUUAG